AUGGCCGUUUGUGUUCAAGCCAGCAUGGAAUCGUCGUCCAGCAAGGAGAAUCGAGAGCAUUUGAGUUGGAGAGACUUGGUCGAGGUCAUCUUUACCAAGUUUGUCACCGGGCCGCCCGAGAAAGAAGAGGUGCCUCUUCCACAGCCGAUGAAAGUGAUUGGGGCGGGCUUGGGUCGAACGGGGACUUCUUCCUUUGUGGUGGCUCUGCAGAGGCUUGGGUUAAAAUCCUAUCACUUUCAAGACGGAGUCGUGGACACACCGGGGCAUGUCGAUAUAUUCCUUCGUCACGCCAUUGCGAUCGUUCACCAGAAUGGACGCGGAAAUGUGGGAGAAAUUAUUCAGGGGAUAUCCAUGGCUGGAUUCAACGCCACGGCAGACUAUCCCACAUGUCUCCUGUAUCGAGAAUUGAUGGAGGAAUACCCAAAUGCUUUGGUUGUCUUGACGGUCCGUGGAGGGGGAAAUGAACAAGAGGAGGCACUCUCGUGGGCUGAAAGCAUGGAAACGGUUCUGCAUGCCAGUCAUGUCACGGGGAAACGAAUGCCCUGGAGAUGGCUAUUGCGCAAAUUUCAUCAACUUGGAGAAUGGUAUUUACCAAAGGUACCUUGGGACCCCAACACAAAACUUCCAGAAAAGAAUGCCAUGGCCAUGGCUUAUCUGGAGCACAAUCAACAGGUGCAAAACACAGUGCCACCCGAACGGCUGUUGACCUUUCGUGCUCGCGAUGGUUGGAAACCACUGUGCGAUUUUUUGUCUCCGGUUGACCCCAUUGUCUGGGAAAAUUGUCAAACGCUCGUUGGGACACCUUACCCGUGGGUCAAUGACAAGGAUGAGAUUGCACGUGCAGAACUCGUGUUUUGGACUGUGGCUGUUGCAUUUGAAGGAAUUUUGUGGUUGCUUGGAUUUGCUUUGAUUUGGUUCCUCUCAAGGCAGUUGCGACGAGGGACAACAAGAGAUAGAUCCAAAGAAGACUGA